UGUAAGACAGGGUGGGAUGCCGUUUUGCCUUCUGGUCUUGGGAUGGAAUGUCUCUCUGUGAACUGUUUGCGUUGUAUCCAUCCGUAACAAGAGCCAGGUUGUCUGUCUGAUCCCACUGAUGGUGAUUCAUCGUAUCGGCUCUGAUAGGCCUCUCGACGACGACGACGCUCAACGGUCAAAUGAACAUUGGCGAAAAGCAAGCAAGGACUGCAAAUGUCCGAGUCCGUGAAUCUUUACCUCUCGCAACGAAGCAAAACCGAUGGCGCGAGUAAAUAAACGAUCGACGAUUUGCGAAUACGGCGGUCGAUGUUGGUAUCCCUAGAUAGAAACCCGGCGCUCUCUGUGCGAUGAGUGCCCAUGCACGCCAAGCUUGGGACGCUCUGGCCCCCUCCCCCGAGAGCUUGGGUCGCUUUUGCCCUCCUCUGCCCGCGCAAGCUUCCCAAACUUUCCUCCCCUCCAAUGUUCGGCCGCCUUGAGCCUCCUCCGAGUCGAGGUGUCAUCACUCUCCCGAACCGGCCGAUGCGGAGCUCUUCCUCGUGCGAUUCCCACGCCAACUCACUCCCCUUGCACCCGCCCGCCGCUCCGUUUGCUUUUGUGGACCGGGUGGCAUGCGAGGGGGGAUGAGGCAGGGGACGAGGGGAACUUGGAAGGCCAUCCCGCCCCCGUCCCAGUUCCCUCUUCACAUGCCUGUUGGGAAUGACGGGACGAUUAUCCAAGUAUGAAUGUCAAUCGAAGCUCUCCUUCAAUCUGCGCCUUCCCUUCCUCAUACUCCUUCGCUCCAAGGCCUGUCUCAUAUGUUGAGUUUUCUCUGGUGUAAAUCUCAUUGGGCUAUCUAUCUCAUCUGUAGGGUGUAGUCUUCACGGCCACCAUCUUCUAGUUAUCGCAUCCCACAACACUGGGCUUCACCAUCCUAAUAGAAUAAAGACUCUCGCCCCAACGCUUCAAGCCAACACCAUGUCGCAGCUCGGCGAGAAACCCAAGACGGCCAUCGUCGUCGGCGCCGGCGCCGGCGGCGUGGCCCUCGCUGCCCGCCUGGCAAAGGCCGGCUUCUCCGUCACCGUCCUCGAGAAGAACAAUUUCACGGGCGGUCGCUGCUCCCUCAUGUACCAGGAUGGCCACCGCUUCGACCAGGGGCCGUCGCUCUUCCUCCUGCCGCAGCUCUUCCACGAGACCUUCCGCGACCUCGACACCACCCUCGCCGACGCCGGCGUCGAUCUGCUGCGCUGCGAGACCAACUACAACAUCUGGUUCCACGACGGCGAGCUCUUCAAGCACUCGUCCGACCUCGCCGCCAUGAAGACCCAGAUCGAGCGCUGGGAGGGCAAGGACGGCUUCGAGCGCUACCUCAAGUGGCUGAGGGAGGCCCACACCCACUACGAGAUCUCCGUCAAGGACGUCCUGCACCGGAACUUUGGCAAGUUCCUCGACCUGGCGCGGCCCGGCUUUGUGAGGCACGUCGUGAACCUGCACCCCUUGGAGAGCAUCUGGAGCCGCGCGAGCAGAUACUUCUGGACCGAGAGGCUGCGGAGGGUCUUCACCUUCGCCGUCAUGUACAUGGGCAUGUCGCCCUUCGACGCGCCCGCGACGUACUCGCUCCUCCAGUACACCGAGUUCGCCGAGGGCAUCUGGUACCCCAAGGGCGGCUUCCACCAGGUCGUUGCGGCCCUGGUGCGCAUCGGCGAGAAGAUGGGCGUCAAGUAUCGCCUGAGCACGCCCGUGUCCCGCGUCCUCACGGACGGCCGCCGCGCGACGGGCGUCGAGCUGGAGUCGGGCGAAUCCCUCUCGGCCGACGUCGUCGUCGUCAACGCCGACCUGGUCUACGCCUACGGCAACCUCUUGCCCAAGACGCCCAGCAUCACUGACUACACAAAGUCCCUCCGCAAGCGCGAGGCCAGCUGCAGCUCCAUCUCCUUCUACUGGUGCAUGGACCGCAAGAUCCCCGAGCUCUCGGUCCACAACAUCUUCCUCGCCGAGGAGUACCGCGAAUCCUUUGACGCCAUCUUCAAGCGCCACUCCCUGCCCGACCAGCCCAGCUUCUACGUCAACGUGCCCAGCAGGAUCGACCCCUCGGCCGCCCCCGAAGGCAAGGACACCGUCAUCGUCCUCGUCCCCGUCGGCCACCUCGCCGAGUCCAAGGGCGAGUCCGGCUUGACGACCAACCCGAAGCACUGGGAAGACAUCGUCGCCCGCGCCCGCGCCGCCGUCAUCGAGAUCGUCAGCGCCCGCACAGGCUGCGCGCCGCUCAGCGACUUCAUCACCCACGAGACCGUCAACACGCCCCUGACGUGGGAGGACAAGUUCAACCUCGAUAAGGGCGCCAUCCUGGGCCUGACGCACGGCAUCUUCAACGUCCUCGCCUUCCGCCCGCGGACCCGCGCCGAGGGCCUCGAGGACGCCUACUUCGUCGGCGCCAGCACCCACCCGGGCACCGGCGUCCCCAUCGUCAUGGCCGGCGCCAAGAUCACGGCCGAGCAGAUCCUCGACGACCGCGGCUUGAGCGUGCCGUGGGCUAGGGGUUUCGACGGCAUCCUCAAGCCGCAGAGCCAGUCGCCAGGCAACAAGAAGCUGGACGAGGUGCGGUACGGGUACCACUUCGGCUCCGAGGAGGUUGCCGUCCUCUCGGUCGGGCUCUUGCUGGCCUUGAUUUACUUUUACAUGUGGCCCAGUCUGCAGCCGUUGUUUUGCUGAAUGUGUGUGAUG